UAUACGGAAAGUGUCGAUUUGAGUGUUGUUGGGUUGUGAUUGUGAAUGAUAGAUUUAAUGCACAUACGAAAUGGCAGGGGCUCUGGUUAAAAAGGGACUUUCAUAUGUGACUAGUAAAGAUUUCAGAGAUUAUAUUUGCAGUACACACUUUUGGGGUCCAGUUGCUAACUGGGGUUUACCGCUGGCUGCUUUGGGUGACUUGAAAAAAGAUCCCGAGAUAAUUAGUGGCAAGAUGACAGCAGCUCUAGCAGUCUACUCAAUGACCUUCAUGCGAUUUGCUCUUAAAGUCAAACCAAGGAACAUGCUUUUGUUCGCAUGUCACGUAACUAAUGAGGUGGCCCAGCUUACCCAGGGAGCUCGCUUCAUCCAUUAUCACUACCUUAUGGACCCCGAGAAGCGGAGGAAACAUCACAUUGAGAUUGUGGAGCAGGAAGUUCACUCCCACCCCGAGAAGUACCCCGCCCUGCACAUCGAGUCACGCCCUCCCCCCACCUCCCAGGCUGACAUCGAGAAGGAGGUGGAGGAGUUUGAGGCACAUUACGAACUACCGAAAGACCCCCAGCCCCACAUCUCACCCGUCCUGUAGACGUGGUGUAACUUAUACAGUGUACAUAAUCCAGAACAGUAAUCUGUUUGUAUAGAACACAGUGGCACCUUAGUGUAUUGCAGUUCUUGUUUGUGGUGAUGUUAAUCAUAUUGUCACUGUAGGUGUAGGGGGAUAGAAUGGGAUGGGAUAGCACUAUAUUGAGGUUAUGGGGGUUAGGAUGUUAAUCAUAUUGUCACUGUAGGUGUAGGGGGAUAGAAUGGGAUGGGAUAGCACUAUAUUGAGGUUAUGGGGGUUAGGAUGUUAAUCAUAUUGUCACUGUAGGCGUAGGGGGAUAGAAUGGGAUGGGAUAGCACUAUAUUGGGCUUAUGGGGGUUAGGAUGUUAAUCAUAUUGUCACUGUAGGUGUAGGGGGAUAGAAUGGGAUGGGAUAGCACUAUAUUGAGGUUAUGGGGGUUAGGAUGUUACAGCAUAAGCACGAUAUGUAGCCUAAAAUAACACAAACGACAGAAAAACGAAGCAAGUACAUAGCAGCAAGCAUUAACUGAUCUUGGGCAGUAAAAAACGAAGAAUUAUCGGCCCCGAAAUAAACACUGAGAACUGCUGUCCCAUCUAGUACACGAUGAUCAUCACUUGAAUGCUGUUAACAGGGUGUAUGUGAUAUGUGUAUUUAGGUAGUUUACUGUAGAACGUUUUACAUGUUACAUGAGGCUCUUCACAAACGCAGUAUUAUAAACAUAGCAAUAUAACAUCACGGUCAAGGCCAGAUAACUCUGGUUGAUUGGACGUGUACUGUUUUCACAGUCCAUGUGACAAGGAACAUACUUAGACAAAAUUGUUAAGCAAUUUGGUAUAUGUGUUUAAAUGUUUUAAAAGCAUGUGACUUUGCGAGUAGUGGUUACAGCCUGGAUUUAACUGAUGUGUAAUUGUCAAGUCGGAGAAUGUAGCUUGGGGCUUAAAGUACAAUGCACUAGUACGAAAUUGCUCGACGUUUUUGUUGUAGUAUAGUUCGAGUGUAAUAAAAAAUACUCUUGUUUAUUUUAAUGUGAUUACACAUAAGAUUUUAAACUCUUUUUUUGGGGGGGUGGGGAGGGGGGGGGGGGGUGGACAGGUUUGUGUGGCAAUUGACCAACUGAAAGGACCAUUAAUAUACUGCUUGAACAUGUAUUUAUUUUAAUUUGUCCUGAAACAUACUUUUAUAACAACCAGCAACAGAGUGGUCAUAUGACACCAGUUGUAAUUUUCAUACGUAAUUGUAUUAUGGGUACAUAACCAUACAUGAAAAAUAUUAUUGAAUAUGUUUUUUAUCUGACAUUUGCUCCUCAGCUAUUUCCAGUUACAUAUGUUAACAGGCCUAAGGGUAACAAAAAUAAACCUCCACUAAGGGAAUUUGAACCACAGACUUCUCUGCAUGAAAGUCAAAUUCUCUACUGACUGAGCUAAUAAGGAAAUUCCAACUAGCUACUGCAUGUAAUAAAUAUACAUUCAUAUUGGCCCUACUAAAGGUACGUGAUUCUGUAACAUGCUGAGUUAUGAAACAGAAGCAUGAAAACAAGCAAGCGGUACCUUUAGUAGAGCCAUUUGAAUGUUUAUUUAUAAUGUGCAGCUUUGUAAGGUUUUUGUCUACAUAGUAAAUAUUUAUACCAACUCUACUACACAGCUAAAGAAGAACUGCACAAAGUGUAGUUGAAAUGACGUAAUCUUGUCAGUAAGAGGUCAAGCCAGACACUGUCUCUAACACACAGUUUAUGUAAAUCUCUAACACACAGUUUAUGUAAAUCUCUAACACACAGUUUAUGUAAAUCGUAGGGUCUGAGUUUGUUCAGCUCGCUGUAGCUGGUGCAUUUUAUCACUCAGGAUGUUUCAGAAUCGUGAAAACAUGCAAGCAGUACAUUUUGAAUGUAUAUUUAUCAUGUGCAGCCUUGUAGGGUUUUUGUCUACAUAUUUGAAUAUGUACUGGAACAGUAUUUUUAGAUGUGUUAUCAAGUUUAGAUAUAUGUGUGGAGGAUCAUCUAGGCCUAUAAAGGUUGAUUCACACUGAUGUUUGUAAAAAUGAGUCUAUAUCAUUUAAUUUGUUGUAUUGUUUGUUAUUGUAAUGAGUUUUCCCUGAUGAAUAUAUAUGUAAAUUAACAGCUCUAAUCUCAUGGAAUAAAAUAUUUAUUGUUA